AUGAAAGCUGCGCUUCAGCACAUGCACGACCCCAACGUCGAUUAUUCGCCUCUUCGGGUUGGUCUUUUCGAAAAUAACUGCUCUCUCAAGUUGAGUGAUGUGAUUGAACUUGACGUUCCGAUUGGGAAUCUUUGCCCGAGGCAAAAACUAGUAUAUAAUGUCAUGUUAAGGAAUUUUCGAAUUCAAUAUUUUUUCUCUAGGUUUCUCUGAUGAAGUUCUUUUGCUGCCAUUUUUCAACUCAGAAUAUAUGAAAUAAUGGAUCAAAAGAAAGAUGGACAGAAGAAUAACAAUACACGGGAAAGAGAACCUUAGCGAAUUGACAGGUACCCGGACUUGAGUACAAAUUUAAAGUGAAAGGAAUGACUUAAAAAUCAGAUAAUCGAAGGAGUCAAUGGUAGUUUUAAUAGAAUUAAUUCUUUUCAAACAAAGUAUGGUUGAAAAACACUAGACAAAGGUUCUGACAGCUAGUUGGGUUCAAGUUCAAACGAUUGACUACUAAAUGAUACUAUCAAAAAGCUUCGAAAAAGCUCUCGCUUUCGUUUCAGAUCAGGAUCUACCGCAACGGCGACAUUUACGACGAAGGACGUGGAAUGACCGUGACGAGACGCGAAUUCAAGCACUGGAUCGUCUUCCUCGACGCCGUCACCGCCCGAUUGGACACCCGCGGAGCAGUCCGAAAGCUCUACUCUACACAUGGAAUCCCUAUUCAGCAUGUUGGUCCUUAACCGAUUAACUUGCAGCGCUUUUUUUUCCAUUCCAAAAACUUUUUUCCAGUUCGACGAGUUGGAACAGAACGGCGAGUACGUUGCCGUGGUCAGCGGUCCUUUCAUCAGGGCUGAUUAUGGCAGAACUCGCUGGACCCGGCGCGCUGGCCAGAAGUUCACGCCUAUCGUCAGAAUUUCUCAGGAGCCGCCCAACUUUCUGCACUCUGCGGAGACCGUCGACAUCUAUCUGAAGAAAGAAGGCUUCGGCAGCAUUACAGGUCAUUUUUCUAGAAGUUGCGCUUUUUGAAAAAGUUGUCAAUGAUCCAAUUUUAGUUUAUUCACUUACGAGAAAGGUUUACUUGUAACUUUUAUAUUUCUAAAGUUUCGUUUAAAAACUCAUUCUAUUAAAGUUCGAAUUUAAACGACUUCCGGGUUUUUGGUUUGAAAAAAUUGUAAGUUAAAUUCAUCUAUUAUAUUAAAAACUAUUCUCUGGAAAAUAUUUCUGGUUCCCCAGAAUGACCUUUGUCAGUUUGAAAUUGUGUCUGUAGUGCAGUGUAUUCGGAAGAAAAGCAACUGACUGGUGCUCGGAGAGCAGGAAAUCGACGGACAAUCGGAAGCCGUGGUCGCACCCCCGCCAUCAUUCCGCUCCCUUGAUUCCUCUCUUCAGGGCAUUCCUUCAGAAACUUUUUCCUGUAGAGUAUACAUUUUCGGACUUAUGAACGCUUUUCAAUGUAGAGAGACUAUUUCCUUGCUCACCUUGGCUCAGUUUCUGUUUUCCCAGGACUUCCUUAUCCGUUCGACGGGAUUUUGACACGAAGUCCCAGUGCUUCGAUGCUCCAUUUGAAGCACUUCGAAUCGCACCAAGCACAAAUCCCCAAACUCAAGGUUUUUGUUUGACUUGUUUUUUUCAUUUCGUGGAAUUUCAAUUUUGAUUUCAAAUGUUGAACAAUUGAUUAGUAAAAGGAACCUUAAUGCUUGAAAAUUAUAGAUAUUUCAGGUAAAUUCAAAUAUUUGGAGUAGUUCUUGUCCUGAAUUUCCAGGCUUAUAUUUUAAAGAAGUCCAAACGGCAAACCUACUACAUACAAUAGUUUGAAACAGAUUGGCGGUAGUAUGGAGCAUUUGAACGUGAGCGGCGGAAACAGCCGCCGGAUCUACGGAGACGAUUCGCCGGAGAAAAAGAAGGAAGAAAAAGACGAGCGGCUAGAAGCUGACGCCGCCGUUCAACCAAUGGAGACCAACUUGGAGAAAAGCCAGAGCAAUGUCGAAAAAGGUUCCCUUUUCUUUGAGAACCACAGGACUCGAGGAGAAUUUUCAGCAGAUCAAUCCGAAAAGAACAAGAGCACCAGAUUGCCGCGUCUCGUACAAACUAACCGUUCUUGUCCUCCCACCAAACGAGGUGCAACCUAAACUUUCAGAAAGUUUAACCAGCAGAAAACUGCAGCAGAAUCGAAAACACGACAAGCAGAGGCGGCGCUACCGCCCAUUUAUGGCGGUUGUUCGAAAGAAAGACUCGUGGAGAUUCGAGUUGAAAAAGAGCCUGAUAAAAGUGAAGAGUCGCAAGGCGAAGAACUUCAGAAAGUCGCCGAGUCAACUGGUUAGGAAUUGAGGCUUAUUUCCAUUAAUCUUCCUUUUCCUAGCAGUUACUAGUCGAAAAAGCGCCGUGGCUGACGAGGAGGUACGCUAUCACAAAUCUUAUGUUCUUACGGAGAUGACCAUCACUUCGCAGGUGGAACAGCGACCAGUAAAAGGUAAAAACCUUGAUUCAUUUCUGAAACUAAGAAGACUGAUCAUAGGUGCUCAGAAAGAGGUCAAAGCGGUUGAAGUAAUUCAGUCCAAGAGUUCGGGCCAAACCACAGAGCAGAAGACGUCGGAGCCGACCGCAGCUUCUCAGGCUUUCUCGACGUCAAACAGCGACACGGCAGACGACAUCGAGGACAUGAUUCGUCGUGCUCGGCUCUGGGAAAAGAAUAAACGCAGAAUGGUUAGUAUCCGUGUUUUUAUAGUUACUUUCUUUUUUCGGGCGUGAAACUUCAUCUUUUUGUUCCAGAACAUGAGACAACAGUUCACACAAACUGUUAGAAGCGAAACGAAGCGACGUUACGAGCUUUUCGACCCAGACUUCGAUUGA